GAAAAUAGUGCGUGUCGGAGCGGUCCGAAUUUUCACUUGGGUUCGGAACGAUCGGCCUUCGCGAUCGAGUGUUCCGUUCACUUCGUUGGGAUAUUUACCGGGGUUCGAAUUACACGGUCGUGCGGCGCGUAUUUUUUUUCCUUCCUAUCGAUUGUCGAGUUGACGGCGUUUCAGAAAAUUCGAGGUGUAUAUACCGAGUGUUGUGGCAGGACAUGGCGCGUCGCGGCGGGCUGGUGGAAAUUUCGGCUGGUGCGCAUUACGUCUUCAAAAAAAGCGUGCUUAUCUAAUAGGUGUAUGGGCAGGUGUUGAUUGGAUUAAUAUCGGGUCAUUAAUCAGGCGUCGAUAAAAAACAGGCCAAGAUGAAUUUGAUGUUUAGAAAGACGUUCGGGGAGCAGAAAACGGGGGUGACGUCGGUGAAAGGGGGCAAAACGAGUGUCGGUCGGCACACAAGUAAGAGAAGUUGUAGAGACCAAGGUUACACUGCUAUGGAAGAACAUCACUAUAGAACGCACUUGUUUUUUAAUCCACCACGAAGUAGUUUCGGUCCAGGAAACGACGACGAGCCGCGGUGCGGUCCUAUGACGGGGGCGGGGGGAGAGCCGCCGCCGAUGCAGUCGACCAUCUCUCCCGCAAUGACGGAAAACGAUCUGCCCCAGCCUCUGGUGGUGAGGACGCCGUCGGUGUCGCUGAUGAAGUGGCCCAGCCAGUCGCCGACGAAGACGGCCCCCAACAGACAGGUCAAUUUCAACUACGGCAACGAGGGUCACGGAUCGGACACGGCCAGGACGCUAUCCGGAUUGGACCGCGACUGCUUCAUCAUCCCCGUCCACAGUCUGGAUAGGUUUCUACCAGCCGGUGUCCCAAUGCCAAAACCGAUAAACAACAACACGCUGGACAAGAAGGGAAACCUGCACGUAAUGGAGGUGCCCGAUCCGAAGCUGUGCGUCCUCUGCCACCUGAUGAGCCCCCUGGAGCCCGUCGACCCCGUGCUGGAGUCGCCGCUGGUGCAGCCGCUGUUGAAGCAGAGGAUCAUCGCGGGGGAAUUGGUGACGGAAAUAUCUCAGGCGAAAACGGCAAUCACCGGCAUGCUGCUGGCCAAUAUGGAGCGAAACGGUGAAUUUCCGUUUAUUACGUAUUACGUUUUGAACACAUCGCAAACGAAUCCUGUGUUAUUCUACAAUAAUUUACGCACUGCCAGUUUGACGAAAUUCGAUCCUAGGUCAACUAGGUACACUGCAGCCCACACUCUGGACCUUUAUACCGAAGUAGCCUCGAUUUGCCGCCCGCCCGUUCACGAAAUAGGCAUGUCCCUAAUGAAGACACAGACAUCUUCCACGGGCUACAUGGUGUCAGUUUACAAGGUUUUCGAAGGCGACGACAGGGAGAAGUUCGAGAGAAACUGGCUGUAUUGGACAGGCGCGCGGAUGAUUUACAGGUACCUGCCCCAAGCGGCGGGCCUGCGGCGGAUAUCCCUGCACAAAUCGCUGAGCCCCAAAGGGGACAAGAUGUACAUAUUGCUGGUCGAAUGCGCGAAUCUGCUGACCGAUCUGACCGUUUGUGCUCUCAUCUUGCCGGCGCUUCGGGCGAGAUUGACGGGAUACACGGGGAUUUUUAGACCUGUACAAACUUUCUGAACGAACGGGCCCAAUGCACAAAUCGACAUAUCCUUUAAAUCCGUACGUUUUCUCGUCGCGCGUUCGAUUGUUGCCUUUUUCUACAACCGCUUAUUAAAGCGCUAAAUUCUUUUAACAAACUGCUAGAGGUCGGAAUAAUCGAUUAGAUAACGAUCGCAGUUGUAGAAAAAAAUUUACCGGCGUUAUAAUUAGUAUUUAUUUGUGUUGUAAAAUCGAUAGGUAAACUUUACGAGCUUUGAAACAAAAUUGUGAAAUCUAGAGAAAAGCAGGAAUAUGUUAGUGUUAAGAACCUGAUAUAUUGUGAUUUUUAUGAUAAUUUUACCAGCUUUGAAAUAAGUAAAUAAGUUAAAUCGAUAUCAAAUUGAGCCUGUAACAUAUCAAGGAAGGAUAAAAUAGGCUGCAUUUUGAGGUGUAAGUGGACCAAAAUAAUAAGCAUAUCUGAGCUUCGAGUAAUUAUUAAAAGUGACUUAAUAUAGUAUAUUACAUACUAUUAUUAUAUCAACAACGCUUUCUCAUAAGAAGUCUAAGAUAUGUAAAAAAGUCCACGUUGUAAAUAGCAAUAAGCUUAUCUCUCAGGGUUUUAAAUAAGUGAAUGAAAAUCGUAUGUGUUUUGAAAACCCGACAAUUUCUUCAAAAAACAUAAGAUUUUGACCACAAUUAAUAAAAAAAACGAUUGUAGCUUGCAAAGAAUUCAUCUGUGAUCUCUGAAUUGAUAGUUAUUCAUUCGAACAAUAAAUUGGGCUUUUAAAAGAUUUUAAAAAGUGGCAAUAAUCGCAAAUAAGCAAACCGUUUUAACUAACACAUAUCAGUUAAGUGCAAAUAAUCGACAAAUAAUGCUUGGAGUGC